GUCAGCAAAGGAAAAAUAAAACAUAUUGCCGGCGUGAAAACGUGAGCUCGUUCGUUUGCUAUCGUUUUGUGGAAAUAUUAGCUUAAAAAUAGUGUUAAACUCGAAUUGGUGAAUACGAGCGCACCUUCAACCCGUGGGUGACCAUUGUUCCAAACGGAUGGUGGUGCAUUCCAUUCGUAAAUGUCCACUCACCUUUGCCUCAACUUCCUCAGUAGAUUAGUGCCUAGAGGCAGCAGAUCCGGAGCAGUCCGACGACACGUUUACUCCCUUAUCCCUCCCGCUGGUGAUAGCACCCGAUUUGCCACCUUCGGUUCAUCCGUACACAAAUUUGUGACAAAUCCUCAGUCAAAUCCCGGCGAGAGAAAGCUUCAAUCUGAACCUCGGCGUCUGUACUCGGCAACAGCCAGCCAGACCGACUCAUCCAGAAAGCCGUUCAAUUGGGGUUCGAAUAAAAAGCAUCGUGACGUGAAGCUUCGCCUACAGCUGUUGGAAACCAUGACUGACCCGAAGAUUGAGGAACAGUUAGCGCCGUUGCGCGAAGCAGUUAAGGAGCAGGGAGACUUGGUGCGCAAGCUUAAAAGUGAAGGUGCUCCGGAAAUCGACGUGAAGAAAGCGGUCAAUGAACUUAAGGCACGCAAGAAGGUGCUUGAAGAUCGCGAACUAAGCCUCGCACCUCAGGUGGCCAGCUUCGAUCGGGCCCGCAUGGAAGAUUUGCUCAAGCGACGAUUCUUCUAUGAUCAGAGUUUUGCCAUCUACGGUGGCAUCACCGGUCAGUACGAUUUCGGCCCGAUGGGCUGUGCGCUGAAGUCGAACAUGAUCAACACUUGGCGCCAGUUUUUCGUGCUCGAAGAACAGAUGCUCGAGGUGGACUGUUCGAUCCUUACGCCCGAGCCGGUUCUGAAAGCGUCCGGCCACGUGGACCGGUUUGCCGAUCUUAUGACAAAGGACGUGAAAAACGGAGAAUGCUUCCGGUUGGAUCAUUUGAUUAAGAAUCAUCUGGAAAAGCUGGCAGCGGCUAAGGAUGCCACGGCGGAGCUGAAGGACGAAUGUGCCGAUAUCGUCAUCAAGCUGGACGGUAUGACGAAGGACGAAAUGGCAGCAAUUUUGCGAAAGUUUAACAUGAAAUCACCCAUCACUGGGAAUGAUCUUACGGAACCGAUUGAGUUCAAUCUUAUGUUCGGCACGCAGAUCGGACCAACCGGUUUGGUGAAAGGUUUCCUGCGUCCCGAAACUGCGCAGGGCAUUUUUGUGAACUUCAAGCGUCUGCUGGAGUUCAAUCAAGGCCGGUUACCGUUUGCUGCCGCACAAAUCGGUAACAGCUUCCGGAAUGAAAUUUCACCCCGAUCCGGGUUGAUUCGUGUGCGCGAGUUUACGAUGUGCGAAAUCGAACACUUCUGCGAUCCGCAGGCCAAAAACCAUCCCAAGUUCGAGAAUGUGGCGGACACGGUAAUGACGCUUUACUCGGCAUGCAAUCAGAUGGAUGGCAAGAGUGCCCAGCAGGUCCGCAUUGGUGAUGCGGUUGCGAGCGGAUUGGUAGCGAACGAAACGCUCGGCUACUUUAUGGCGCGCAUCCAGAUGUUCCUGCACCGGAUUGGAAUCUUGCCGGACCGGCUACGGUUCCGCCAGCAUAUGGGCAACGAGAUGGCACAUUAUGCGUGCGAUUGCUGGGAUGCGGAGUGUCUUACGAGCUACGGCUGGAUCGAGUGUGUCGGAUGUGCCGACCGGUCCGCGUACGAUUUGACCCAGCACACGAACGCAACCGGUGUAAAGUUGGUGGCGGAGAAGAAGCUUCCCGCACCGAAAACCAUCGAGGUGACGGAGGUGGUACCGAACAAGGCCGCCAUCGGAAAGGCAUUCAAAAAGGACGCCAAAGCUAUUACGGAUGCGCUGGCAAAGCUUUCCCUCGGAGAGGUUGAAAGUAUUGGCAAGAGCCUAGGCGAGAAGGGAGAACAUACGCUGCCGGUCAAUGGAACGGACGUGAAACUGACCAACGAUCUGAUCGCGGUUAAAACUACCUCCAAAACGGUGCACGUGGAGGAGAUUACUCCCAGCGUGAUCGAGCCUUCGUUUGGCAUUGGGCGCAUUAUGUACUCGCUGCUGGAGCACAGCUUCCGGAUGCGUGAAGGGGACGAGCAGCGCAGUUACUUCUCGUUGCCACCGGUAGUGGCUCCGCUUAAAUGUUCGGUGCUUCCGUUAAGCAACAAUGCCGAAUUUGCACCGUUCGUCAAGAAGAUUUCUACGGCCCUCACAUCCGUGGACGUGUCGCACAAGGUGGACGAUUCUAGCGGUUCGAUCGGUCGUCGGUAUGCGCGCACGGACGAGAUUGCAAUUCCGUACGGUAUUACGAUCGACUUCGAUACGCUCAAGGAACCGCACACGGUCACACUGCGAGAGCGAGAUUCAAUGAAGCAAGUCCGCAUUGGGUUGGAUGAGGUAGCGAACACGAUUCGUGAUCUGGCAACCGGACGCACCAGUUGGGCCGAGGUGGAACAAAAGUAUCCGCGUUUUGAGCAGCAGGAAGCGUCUGCCAAGUAAAGCUUAACGCAUUUAUUGAGCGCGCAUUUAGUAACACGAAAAUGACACACUUAAAGCUUGCUAAGAGUUUUGCCUUUCUCAUCCAGUGGGUGAUUAUGGAAUAUUUAAUUUAAAAGAUCACACUUUUUACUAUAAGCCAAGGUUUCUGUUUCGUGCAUGCAGUAAUUACACAAAUUACACUCAAAAUAAAGUUUUUCUUUGGAAAUAUGA